GUCAUAUAACUAACUACAAUACAUACAUACGGGUUAAAUUAAAUAAAACAAUAAAAAAUCAUAAAGAAAAGGACAAAUGAUAUAUACAUAUGUAUAUUACCAAAUAAGUACAUACUAAGUUGAAAAAAUAUAACGUACAAUCAAUUCUUUGGUAAAUAAAUUUCAAAUAUUUACAAAGUCAAUCGUAACGACAACACAAAAGUAAAAAAACUCCUCCUCAUCAAUUUUUCAAUGGCUCAGAGUUCUGUAAACAGCAGCAGUGGAACAACAGCAGGUGGUGGUGCUGGUGGCAGCUCAAUUUCAAUGAAAUCUGGUUCGCAUAGUAAUCUAACUGUUACUGGCAGUAGUACAAGUACACCUAUACGUAUUGCUAGUUAUCAUGGUCAUGUUUCCUCGUCAACGGGUAACGACUCACCGACACCAUCAUCGACGGCUAGUUUAAUGCAACAACAAAGUCCACAGUAUCAACAAUCAAGUAGUGUGCCAUCGUCAGCUGGUGGCGUUGGUGGUGGUAGUGGCAGUGUCGUUGGUCAAUUGGGUCAAAGUUCAGCUUCAUUAAAUAUGGGCAUUUCGACACAGCAGCAACAACAAUCAGCAUCAACAAAUGCCAUGAGUACAAGUAUAACACCACCAAAUAGCGCUGGUUUACGUCAAUCGGGUGCUUUUGAAUUCAAAUUUAUGAGACGUACAUCUUUAAAAGUUCUUAUGCCAAAAUUAUCAUCCCAAGAUAGUUUAAACAACAGUCCAGAUCCAUCAUCACCAGGCAUUGCCAAUUGGGCAAGCGAUAGUCGGGACAAAUACGAUGGCAAUCAAACAGAUAAGACAUCAACAGACACAUCUAAACUUAAUCGUAAAGAAUCCUAUAAAGCGCAACGUAAAAACUAUAGGCGUGAAAAGAAACGUGUUGCAUCUGAACUGUUAAAUUCAUUGCAAGAUCCGGCUGUGAUUGUAUUGGCAGAUUGGCUAAAGGUUCGCGGAACCCUAAAAUCAUGGACAAAACUAUGGUGUGUCUUAAAGCCGGGCUUAUUGCUAAUUUAUAAAAGUCCUAAGACCAAAAGUAGUCAUUGGGUGGGGACUAUACUGUUGACAUCAUGUCAAGUUAUUGAGAGGCCCAGUAAAAAGGAUGGCUUUUGUUUUAAACUAUUUCAUCCUUUGGAACAAUCCAUAUGGGCACCCAGAGGACCCGAUAAGGAAACUAUAGGCGCCGUAACACAACCUUUGCCAACUGCAUAUUUAAUAUUUAGGGCUCCAAGUCAAGCAGCUGGUAAAUGUUGGAUGGACGCCUUAGAGUUGUCAUUACGCUGUUCGGGUCUAUUGUUACGUUCCAAUUCAACACCAGGAACUAAUCAAGGUACUGGAACCGUGGAGGCUUCUAUAUCACAUGAAACACAAUGGUCCGAGGCUGAUUAUGAAAAACAUUUCGAUGAUCAAGAUCUUGAUGGCGAUAGUCAAAAUGAGGCUCCCACAGGUAUAAUGUCGGGCAUUGAUACGGAUUCUGAUUCGGAUGGCAAUGAUGUCAUUGGUGUCGAUAAUCAAUUGCAACAAAUUGACAAUGAAGAUCCCAUAGAGACGCCAUAUAUACCAAUGCCAGAGGAGGAAAUAAAUACGCAAAGUGGCGAACAAGUUGAAGAAUUGGCUGAAGAGAAUAAAAGUUUAAUAUGGUGUUUGGUUAAACAAGUCCGUCCAGGUAUGGAUUUGAGUAAAGUAGUUUUACCUACAUUCAUAUUGGAACCACGUUCAUUUCUGGACAAGCUCUCUGAUUCAUAUUAUCAUGCUGAUAUAUUGUCAAGAGCUGUUAAUGAAGAUGAUCCUUUUACACGCAUGAAACUCGUUGUACAAUGGUAUUUAUCGGGUUUCUAUAAGAAGCCUAAAGGUCUUAAGAAGCCCUACAAUCCCAUAUUGGGUGAAACGUUCCGUUGCUAUUGGGAACAUCCUAAUGGUAGUCGCACUUACUAUAUAGCCGAGCAGGUCUCGCAUCAUCCUCCGGUUUCGGCAUUUUACGUUACAAAUCGCCAAGAAGGUUUCUGCAUCAGUUGUUCCAUCUUGGCCAAGUCAAAAUUUUACGGCAAUAGCACUUCGGCGGUGCUAGAAGGUGUGGCUACGUUAACUCUCUUACCACGUGGAGAAAGUUAUACGUUAACUACACCUUAUGCCCAUUGUAAGGGUAUUCUCAUGGGUACGCUUUCCAUGGAAUUGGGUGGUAAAAUUAAUAUCGAUUGUGAGAAUACUGGUUACAAGACGGAGCUGGAAUUCAAGCUGAAACCUUUCUUGGGCGGUUCGGAUAGUACUAAUAUUAUUGCUGGCAAAAUAAAAUUGGGCAAGGAGACGUUGGCUACCAUUAGCGGCCAUUGGGAUGGUGAAAUGCGUAUUAAAGAUAGUAAAUCUGGUGAGGAUUCUGUAUUGUUUGCAGCCAAUCGUGAAACAAUGAAAAAACGUUUAUUACGUUAUGUUGUACCAAUUGAGUCUCAAUUGCCUAAUGAGUCCGAACGCUUAUGGAAUUUAGUGUCGGCUGCAAUUGCACGUGAUGAUCAAGUAGGUGCCACCGAAGAGAAAACCGUACUGGAAGAACAACAACGUAAUGCGGCUAAAGAGCGUAAGGCUACAUUUGCCGAAUGGGAACCGGCGCAUUUCCAACAAGAUUUAAUUACUGGAAAGUGGAUUUACAAAUACGCCGAUUUAAGACCCUGGGAUCCGCGCAACGAUGUUAAACAAUAUGAAUGGGAUUAUAAAGUACUAACUAAAACUAGACACCAAGCACCCAUGGUGCGCACUGCUAGCAUAGUGAGUGUGGAUCCAAGACAAUCAUCAAUGGUUCUUAUGAAGUCUAAACGUAAAAAUAAAUCCAAAGUACCACUGGUCAGUAAUGAUCCAAAUAAUUCAGAUUCUAGUCAAUCACACGAUGACUUCACUAUAUGCGAUCAACCAGUUUCAUCACAAACUAUAAGAAAACUUAUGUUAGCCGUUGAUCAGAUUAAUAAAUCUUUGGAUGAUCAUAAGAGACAAUUGUUGUUGAUUAAUUCAAAAUUGGAACGUUUGCAAUAUGCACCACAUAAUGCCAGUACACAAAGUCAUUCGUCGCUGUGGAGUGCCCUGCCCCAAUCGCUGGUGAUUAGAGCUUCAGCUUAUGCAUUUGCAGCAUUGUUAGUAAGCCUUUGCCUUAAGUGGCUUUUAUAUUAAUUAGUUAACAUGUGCAAAAAUAAUGAUAAUAAUAUAAUUCAUAACAUAAACAAAUUAACGUUUUCUAAGUCUAAACAAAAUAUAUAUACAUAUAUAAAAAAAUAUAAAACAAAUA